AAUUCGGGAGUCUUAUUAAUCAGCCCUAUAAAUUGAAGUUGGUCCUUUCGUUUUUAUAUCAGAGAAAGAACCAAAUACAAGGUUUAAUGAAAUGGCUUUGUUAAGAGCGAAGAAGGAAAUUAAUAAACUGAAGAAGAAAAACAAUGCUUCUCCCAUCAAUAUCGUAAAAACUCUUCCAAAAGAAUUAUUGGUGGAGAUUGUUGGAAAGGUUGCAUCACAAUCAAUGGCUGAUCUCUGCCAAAUGAAAUUAACUUGCAAAGAUUUUCUUGAUGCUUCUGAGGAUGGUUACGUUUAUCAACAUGCAUCUAUGGAAAACUUUGCUUUGAUUCCACUUCCAUGGUUCACGGAUGAAAAAGAAACCUCUUUCUUGAGACGUUGUAGAGAGAAUGAUAAUUUGGAGAUUCUUUAUCGUGAAGGAAUGGUGCAAUAUUUUAGUACUUCAAUGGUGGAUUUAGGUUUUGAGAAAUUGAAAAAGGCUGCAUUAGAGGGUCAUCUUGAAGCUAAAUAUGUUUAUUCUAUGCUUUUGAUGGCUAAUUGUGAAGAUGAUGAAGGAGGAAGAGAACUUGGUUUUGAUCUCUUUGGUGAAUUGAAAAAUUCCACGUGCAAUCGUAUGGUUGCAAGAUGUAGAAAGAGGGUGAAGUCUUUUAUUAAAAGCAUGUGGUUGAAAAAUCAUGUGGUGGUUCAAAAUCUGUCUUCGUGUUGCUGUUCUGACACAUGUGGUGGAACAGAGAAGUUGAAGAGACAUUCAACAUGGUCUGCUGAUGAAGUUGAUAAUGACGGUGUAGGUUUUUCAUGCAAAUAUUGCGACGGGAAUCAUGAAUUAGGUUUAUUUGCCAACAUAUUUCGCAUCUGAUUAUAAAAAGAAUAUAGGAUACGAGAACAAGUUAGCAUAAGAAUAGGAAACUUCAAAAAAUCAUGUACAAACUCAAAAAAGAUUAGUUCAAGCUUAGUUAAAUAUUUUUGUUUCAAGUUAUUUUUUCUUGCUCUA